AAUCCCUGUUACCUUUUCAAUUGAAUUCCCUAAACCACCAAAAGAAAUCCCUCCCAACAACACGACUAUUUCGCAACCCACCAAUCUCCAACUUCGAGAAGAAAAAUUAAAAGAAAGAAACAAAAAAUUGUGCUGAAGAAAGAACGAAAAACAAGGACAAUGCAUCCAACAACGCAACUCUCCCCUCUCCACCGCGCCGACGGCUCCGCAACAUACACGUCCAACGGCUACACCAUCAUCGGUGCAGUCAACGGCCCCAUCGAAGUGCAGCGCCGCGACGAGCUCCCCACAGAAGCGACCCUCGAGGUCAACGUACGACCCGCGGUGGGUGUAGGCAGUCCGCGCGAGCGACACCUCGAGACGCUGUUGCACGGCGCGCUGCGCAGCGUGGUAUUGACGGAGAGCUUGCCGCGCUCGCUGGUGCAGAUUACACUGCAGGUGAGCGGGAUGCCGAGCGAGGAAGGGGACUGUGGUGUUAGUUCUUCACUAUCAAUACUCCCGCAUCUCCUGCACACAGCGCUCCUCGCGCUCCUUAGCGCUUCGAUACCGCUCUCUACGAUCCUCACCGCAGCGCUCGUCGUCAUCCCCUCGUCCUCCUCCACACCUUUGGUCUCCCCGACCGCAAAUCAGCUCCUCCGCGCAAAACCGAUACGAUCUGCACAUGUAUUUGCCUUUUCCGGUGAUGGGAGCUUGUUGAUGAAUGAAAGCGAUGGAGUGUUCAGUCUGCAGGAGUGGGACGAAGCUGUAGAAGCGACAGAGGAAGUAUGCUGCAAAGAAGAAGGCGGAGUGGGAUUAAGCGAGGGAAUGGAGGUUGAUGGGAGAGAAGGGGGAAGCUUGGAUACGUGGCUGAGAGAAGUUGUGCGGGGCAAGGUGAAUUGGGAGAUGAGGUGGAAGACGGCUAGAUGA